AUGGAAUGCUCGAUUGCUCUAACUGGAGCCGACUAUGUUCUUGUCGCAAGUGAUAUGAGCGCGGCCCGAAGUAUUGUACGCAUGAAAUCAAACGAAGACAAGACAAAGAUAUUGGGCCCGAAUUUGGUCAUGGCAUAUAGCGGCGAUACCGUUCAGUUUGCAGAAUACGUUGAGCGUAACCUUAGGCUGUACCAAAUGCGUUACGUGCACCCCCUUCGUCCCCCCAGUGCUGCUUCAUGGAUCCGCCGUUCCCUGGCCGACUCGUUGCGUAGUCGUCAUCCUUACUCGGUCAAUCUCUUACUAGGCGGGGUAGAUCUCGCCGAAGCACCAGUUCAUGCACCGGACGGUCCCAAGGGUCGCCCUUCACUCUACUGGAUUGACUACCUGGGAACCUUGGCCGAAGUGCCGUUUGCGGCGCAUGGCUAUGGUAGCUACUUUGUCCUCAGUUUGUUUGAUAGGUACCAUAACCCUCAAGCCAACUUGGAAGAGGGUCUCGAAACCCUCCGUCGUGGAAUCGCGGAAAUUCAAAAGCGAUUGAUUGUCGGAUUGGAGAAUUGGUCAGUCAAGUUGAUUACCCGCGAUGGAGUGAAAGAGGUGGAUUUGGCUAGUGGGGAGCUCGCACUGCUUCCACCGCGCCACUCGUUGAUAUGCACCAACACAUUCACCACAGGCCUCCAGGGUGCCCCGACGGAUGGUGGAGAAGUCUCUUAUGGAGGUUACAAGGCGGCGGACAGCCUGUUCCCGGUUGGUGGGAGAGCUGUGUGGCCAUCGCCACCUCUUCCUGUAAGGCUCAAUAUCCUACUCAUUAAUGUCCCUUUGGCGUGGACAGCUGCUCUGAUGGAGCUUAAUCCUCUGCUUAUUUUUAGCCUGUCCUUUCUCGCUAUCGUCCCUUUGGAAAAGCUAUCCGAGUUUGGGGGCCAUCAGUUUGCUCUCUACUGCGGAGAAACGCUUGGCGAGUUCGUCUCCAUCACAUUGGCAAACAUUGUUGAAGUCAACUUGGCAAUUUUCCUCCUGUUCGAAUGCCAACUCCGCCUCGUUCAAUCAACAGUAAUUGGCGUCAUUCUCCUACAUGCACUGCUCGUUCCGGGUAUCGCUUUCGUGGUUGGAGGAGCUCGAGUCCUUGAGCAAAAGCUCAAGCCCGUGCACACGCAACUCAACGCCAGUUUGCUAUUUUUGGGGGUUGUAACCCUGCUCCUCCCCGUAGCGUUCUUCUCAGCCUAUCCAAACCCUCAUGAGUUGGUUAUGGCAAAUACGACGCGCGAGGGAGUUGCGCCUUCAGUGUUGACUCCGCAUUCGCUGACCGAGCGGGCCAUCAUGCCUACACCAAAGCAACUUAAUUAUAUUCCCGAGCCCCGGUCACCCAGAACUCAUACAUCCAGUCACCUGGCUCGUCACAAUCGUCAACACGCUCGGGCCGAGGCUGUAGAGAUUGAUCAGACACUGCGGUCCAGCGACGGUGUACUUGAGCGGAACCCCAUCAAGGCCGAAGAAAAGUACCUAGAGGUGUCGGCGCACACAGUGGCGGUUAGUGACACGACGAGAAAGGGCAUACAAAAGUUCAGUCAUGGAUAUGCUCUGAUGCUUGUUGCCGUGUACAUAUUGAGUCGGAUAUACUUGCACCGUCACCCGCUAAAUGAUGAUCUGCGUCUGGACCGGCGACCGGACCUCGAACAUACAGAUACGUUAGAAAAGCCCAUGCUUUCGGGAAUUAAGCGCAAACCCAGGGUGGUUGGACCUGGCCCAGUCAUCAUUCUUCUCAUCAUUGUGGUUGGGUUGAUUGCAGUGACAGCCGAAUUCCUCGUGUCGUCCGUGGAGCAUGUCCAACAAGUCAAUCGAUUGUCCUCGGAAUGGUUCGGGCUGAUCCUAUUGCCCAUGAUCUCGUACUCGGCCGAUGCAUUGGUGACUGUCGCCUACUGUUGCCGUAAGGCAUGGAGGCAUCGUUAUUCGAACACGGAUGAUUUACAAGCACCAGAGGAGCUCGCGCGCGGGAGGAGUAUCGACCUCAGCAUACAGUUCUUGUUGUUCUGGCUGCCAGCAUUGGUCCUGCUGGCCUGGAUAACUAACAAGCCAUUAACUCUAUUGUUUGACGUAUUCGAGGUCGCGGCAGCUAUUGGAGCCUGUCUUCUCGUCAACUACACGACUCAAGAUGGAAAGACCAAUUGGGUUGAAGGGUUUAUGCUUAUCGUGUUCUAUUUCAUGAUCGCGUUGGCAGCAUGGUUCUACAAUGGUCAACUAUCUGUAUUUGAGCUCUUGCAGUCUAUAUUGGACUUGAAGGGAAAGUCGCUUAUUCAACGGUCUUAUCGUGAUGAUGUGUCCCCUUCGCACAUCGAAAGGUUUCUGCCCUAUAUCCUGGACUUGGAGGAGGAAGGACAACAGGUGACGCCUUGCUUUUCAAGUCAGGGCGUUAAUUUUAUGCAUAUCAGACAUAGUAAUUUGUACCUGCUUGCGCUAUCCAAGAGAAACACCAAUGCGGCGGAAAUCAUCCUGUUUCUACACAAAUUGGUCUCGGUCCUGGUAGAAUAUUUCAAAGAAUUGGAGGAAGAAUCUAUUAGGGAUAACUUUGUGAUCAUAUACGAACUCUUGGACGAGAUGAUGGAUUUCGGAUACCCACAAACAACGGAGAGCAAGAUUCUUCAAGAAUACAUUACGCAGGAAUCCCACAAACUCGAAAUUCAAGUUCGGCCUCCUGUCGCCGUGACAAAUGCCGUGUCCUGGCGAUCCGAAGGCAUUCGUUACCGCAAGAACGAGGUGUUCCUGGAUGUCAUCGAGAGCGUCAACCUGCUGGUCAAUGCCGAUGGAAAUGUCAUUCGUUCAGAGAUCCUGGGCGCCGUCAAGAUGAAGUGUUAUUUGUCUGGGAUGCCUGAGCUUAGACUGGGCUUGAACGACAAAGUCAUGUUUGAAAAUACCGGUCGAACGUCGCGUGGAAAAUCCAUAGAAAUGGAGGAUGUCAAGUUCCAUCAAUGCGUACGACUAUCACGUUUUGAGAAUGACCGGACUAUCUCUUUUAUUCCUCCAGACGGCGAGUUUGAGCUGAUGUCAUAUCGCUUAUCGACUCCCGUGAAGCCAUUGAUUUGGGUUGAAGCAGCUAUUGAAAGCCACAAGGGGUCAAGGAUUGAGUACAUGGUCAAGGUUAAGGCUCAAUUCAAGCGGAGGAGUACUGCCAACAAUGUCGAGAUUUAUGUUCCAGUACCAGACGAUGCAGACAGUCCCAAGUUUAGGGCCUCGACUGGGAGCGUGCAAUACGCGCCAGAUAAGUCGGCAUUUGUGUGGAAAAUCAAGCAGCUUGGCGGCGCACGAGAGUUUUUGAUGAGGGCACACUUCGGACUCCCAAGCGUACGCGGAGCUGAGGAGAUUGAAAAGAAGCCUCCAAUCACAGUUCGGUUUGAGAUUCCAUACUUCACUGUUUCGGGAAUUCAGUGGCUUGAUAUCAUCAACGACUGUCGGUCCACAAACAUGUCCGCUCACAUCGAGGAAGUAUCUGACCACGAGGGUCACGACCACGGUCAUGAGGGUCAUGAUCAUGAAGGCCAUGAAGGCCAUGACCACUCCCACGAGGUUGAGCUCGAUCCUACCUCGAAUGCGGCUUUGGAGAAGAUUCAAUCUCGCCCAGAGCGCAAGGCUCGCAAGGCGCUCAUCUCGCUCGGCCUCAAGAAGGUGCCAGGCAUCACUCGUGUUACAAUGAAGAGGCCCAGAAACAUUCUGUUAGUUGUAGCAAAUCCUGAAGUAUUCAAAUCCCCCAACUCCGAUGUUUACAUCGUUUUCGGUGAGGCCAAGACGGAAGAUAUUGCUGCUGCUCAACAGGCUGCUGCCGCUGCCGCUGCCGCCGCCGCCGCCGAGCGUGAGGCACAGGAGGCAACAGGACAGGAUGGUGCUGAUGAGACUCCCAAAACUCUCGAGGACCUUGCGGGAGAUGCGCCUGGUACCACUGGGAAAGCACCAGAGGCGCCAGAAGAAGAAGAAGAGGUGGACGAGACCGGAGUAGACCCGAAGGACAUUGAAUUAGUUAUCCAGCAAGUCGGUUGCUCGAGGGCCAAAGCUGUAAAGGUCUUGAAGGAAAGUGGUGGAGACUUGAUUAACGCUAGGUGCAUUAUCAAGUUCAAGGACAACGUUAUUGCUGAUGAUGUCGAACAAUGUGUCAACGGCGUUAAAAAUGCUGGUGGUCAAGCAACUCAUCGAUAUAGAAGUUUCAUAGGAUUCGCUGUGAGCAUCCCAAACAACCACAUCAAGGUGCUCCGAGACACGCGCCGAAAACCCGGCUUGCAGGUUGCCGCCAUUGUGGUAUCUUCCUAG